UAAAAUUCUGAAUUGUUAUGGGUGAUUCCUUGGAAAAUCCCGAUACAUCGGUGGAGGCGGUUCAAAAUGUUACCAUCGUUGACUAUGGAGCAUUUGCCAAUUACAUACGCAAAGCUGUAACCAUUCUAUUGCCGGAGGAGGAUGUGGUGCCACCGGCUCUAAAUGUGGCUUUGGAAGAUCCUGAUAAUCAAGAAAAAAUUAAAAAGUUCUUGUCGGAUCCCCAGGUUCAGGCUUUGUACAUUCAAAGGAAUUGCCUAAAAGAAGAUGAAAAUGAACAACCUGCUGAGGGUGAAGAAGAAAAGGAGUUUGUCACCUAUCAAAUCAGCAAUGAUGUUCACUUCACCAACAGUCGUAUGGCCUCGUUGGCGUGCAUCAAACGCGGUACUGUCAUCGAAGCCGACAAGUCUAUACAUUCCCAAUUGCGUCUAAUCAAUUUCUCGGAUGGUUCACCAUACGAAACUUUGCAUGCUUUCAUUAGCAAAUCGUUGGCACCCUAUUUCAAGUCAUACGUUAAAGAAUCUGGACGUGCCGAUCGUGAUGGCGACAAAAUGGCACCAUCUGUUGAAAAGAAACUGGCCGAAUUGGAAAUGGGUUUGUUGCAUUUGCAACAGAACAUUGAUAUACCGGAAAUUACAUUAACAGCUCAUAACACUGUUAAUGCUGUCAUUCGUAAGUGUGCCGAUGAAAAUCGAAAGGCCAAGGUGGCUGAUUUUGGCGAUAAAGUGGAAGAUUCGUCAUUUUUGAAUCAACUGCAAAAUGGUGUUAACCGUUGGAUUAAGGAAAUCAAGAAAGUUACCAAACUGGAUCGUGAUCCUUCAUCGGGUACUGCUUUGCAGGAAAUUUCAUUCUGGUUGAACUUAGAGCGUGCUCUGUAUCGCAUUCAAGAGAAACGCGAAAGUCCCGAAGUAGCUUUGACUUUGGACAUUCUUAAGCACGGCAAGCGUUUCCAUGCCACUGUGUCGUUCGAUACUGACACUGGCCUUAAGCAGGCUUUGGCCAUGGUGGCUGAUUACAAUCCUCUAAUGAAGGACUUCCCCAUAAAUGAUCUUCUAUCAGCCACUGAAUUGGAGAAGAUACGACCUGCUGUGCAGCAGAUUUUCUCCCACUUACGUAAAGUCCGUAACACUCGUUACCCCAUCCAACGUUGUCUUAAGCUUAUCGAAGCUAUAUCACGCGAUUUGUCCCAGCAACUAUUGAAAGUUUUAGGCACACGUCGUCUUAUGCAUAUUCCAUUCGAUGAAUUCGAGCGGGUUAUGAAUCAAUGCUUCGAAAUCUUCAGUUGCUGGGAUGAUGAGUACGACAAACUCCAAGGACUGCUACGAGAUAUUGUCAAGAAGAAGCGUGAUGAACACUUGAAGAUGGUAUGGCGUGUAUCGCCAGCUCAUAAGAAGCUGCAAACACGCAUGGAACAUAUGCGCAAAUUCAGACGCCAACAUGAACAAUUGCGCACUGUUAUUUUGCGUGUUUUACGCCCAACUAAACAACAGCAGCAAAACGAAAGUAAUGCUGGUGAAACCAAGCAGCCCUACAGUUUGGAAGCUGAUGAUGCCAACGCCAUUGAAGAAGUCAACUUGGCUUAUGAAAAUGUAAAGGAGGUAGACUGCUUGGAUAUUUCCAAGGAGGGCUCAGAAGCAUGGGAAGCCGCUGUAAAGCGUUAUGAAGAACGUAUUGAUCGUGUCGAGACACGUAUCACAGCCCAUUUGCGUGACCAAUUGGGCACGGCCAAGAAUGCCAAUGAGAUGUUCCGAAUUUUCUCUCGCUUCAAUGCUCUAUUUGUUCGACCUCAUAUUAGAGGAGCUAUACGUGAAUAUCAAACUCAGCUUAUUCAAAGAGUGAAGGAUGAUAUUGAAGCUUUGCAUGAGAAGUUUAAGGUCCAAUAUCCACAAUCGAAAAGUUGUCGCCUUUCGACAGUGCGUGAUUUGCCUCCCGUAGCUGGUUCCAUCAUUUGGGCCCGUCAAAUCAACAACCAACUUACAAUGUAUUUGAAACGUGUUGAAGAUGUCUUGGGCAAAGGUUGGGAAUCCCACAUUGAAGGACAAAAACUUAAGGCCGACGGUGAUAGUUUCCGUGCUAAGUUAAAUAUCGAUGAAGUUUUCCAAGAAUGGGCCCGAAAAGUACAAGAACGUAAUUUUGGCAGUACCGGUCGUAUUUUUACCAUUGAUUCCGCACGUUCUCGUUCGGGAAAAGGAAAUAUUUUGAAAUUGCGUGUUAACUUUUUGCCAGAAAUCAUUACAUUGUCCAAGGAAGUUCGUAAUAUUAAAAAUUUAAGUUUCCGGGUUCCCUUGGCCAUUGUCAAUAAGGCACAUCAAGCGAAUCAAAUUUAUCCCUAUGCUAUUUCAUUGAUUGAAAGUGUUCGUACAUAUGAACGGACAUUGGAAAAGAUUGAAGAUCGCGCCAGUAUUGUCCCUCUGGUAGCUGGUCUACGCAAAGAAGUUUUAAAUUUGAUAUCCGAGGGCAUUGGAUUAGUAUGGGAAUCUUAUAAAUUGGAUCCAUAUGUAUUGCGACUUUCCGAGUGUGUAACACAAUUCCAGGAGAAGGUGGAAGAUCUUUUGGUUGUCGAAGAACAAUUGGAUGUUGAUGUACGCUCCUUAGAAACUUGCCCCUACAGUGCUGCAACAUUUGGAGAAAUUCUUUCGAAAAUCCAACAUGCUGUCGAUGAUUUGUCAUUGCGUCAAUAUUCCAACUUGAGCGUCUGGGUACAACGCCUCGAUGAAGAGGUCGAAAAGAAGUUGGCAUUACGUUUGCAGGCCGGCAUUCAAGCUUGGACUGAAUCGUUGACGGGCAACAAAAAGGAAGUGGAUCUUUCAAUGGAUACCGAUGCUCCAGCUCAGCCAACUCAUAAACUUGGCGGUGAGCCGCAAAUCCAAAACGCUGUUCACGAAAUACGUAUAACCAAUCAACAAAUGUAUUUGUAUCCAUCGAUUGAGGAGGCCAGAUUCCAAAUUAUGCAACAAUUGUUUGCCUGGGAGGCCAUUGUUACUUCGCAAAUUCGCUUGCAAAGUUCUCGUUAUCAGGUCGGUUUGGAUAAGCCUGUAUCGCAAACUUAUCGUAAUUUACUUACCAAAUUGCCGGACUGCAAAAUUCUCGAAUUGGCAUAUGAUGCCAUUGAAAGUAAAAUCGGCGAGGUCCGCAGCUAUGUGGAUGAAUGGUUGCGCUACCAAUCAUUGUGGGAUUUGCAAGCCGACACUUUGUAUGGUCGUUUGGGCGAAGAUGUUAAUCUGUGGAUAAAAUGUUUGAAUGACAUAAAGAAGUCGCGUACAACAUUUGAUACUUCUGACACUCGCAGGGCAUAUGGCCCCAUAAUUAUCGACUAUGCCAAGGUGCAGGGCAAGGUAACCUUGAAAUAUGACUCAUGGCACAAGGAGGCAUUGGGUAAAUUUGGAUCAUUGCUGGGCAAUGAAAUGACCACUUUCCAUGCUAAGGUUUCGAAGUCUAGAACUGAUUUAGAAAUGCAAAGUAUUGAGGCUGCAAGUACUACUGAUGCUGUUAGUUUCAUUACCUAUGUACAGUCGCUUAAAAAAGAAAUGCUUGUCUGGGACAAACAGGUUGAGGUAUUCCGUGAAGCACAGCGCAUUUUGGAACGUCAACGUUUCCAAUUCCCAAACAAUUGGUUGCAUGUCGAUAAUAUUGAGGGUGAAUGGUCAGCAUUUAAUGAAAUCAUUAAACGCAAAGAUACUGCUAUUCAAACUCAGGUGGCCAGUUUGCAAGCUAAAAUUGUGGCCGAAGAUAAGGCUGUGGAGACGCGUACACUUGAUUUUCUCAAGGAUUGGGAAGACAAUAAGCCUACUGGUGGCAAGAUUCGUCCCGAUGAUGCUCUACAACAAUUGCAGUUGUUCGAAAGCAAAUACUCUCGCUUGAAGGAAGAACGCGAUAAUGUUGCCAAGGCCAAGGAAGCUUUGGAAUUGCAAGAAUCUGCUGUGGCCAAUAACAGUUCCGAGAGAAUGAAUGUUGCAUUAGAAGAAUUGCAAGAUUUGCGCGGUGUUUGGAGUGAGCUGUCUAAAGUAUGGACUCAAAUUGAUGAAACUCGUGAAAAACCAUGGUUGUCCGUUCAACCUCGCAAACUUCGUCAACAGUUGGAGGCAUUGAUGUCACAAUUAAAGGAAUUGCCUGCUCGCUUGCGCAUGUACGAAUCUUACGAAUAUGUCAAGAAACUCAUUCAGAGCUACAUCAAGGUCAACAUGCUAAUUGUAGAGCUAAAAUCUGAUGCUCUCAAGGAACGUCACUGGAAACAACUGACAAAGGAAUUACGUGUCAACUGGGUCAUUUCCGAUCUUACUCUGGGCCAAGUUUGGGAUGUAAACUUGCAAAAGAAUGAAAACGUCGUAAAAGAUAUUAUGCGUGUUGCUCAAGGUGAAAUGGCCUUGGAAGAAUUCUUGAAACAGGUCCGAGAUACUUGGCAAAGUUAUGAAUUGGAUUUGAUCAACUACCAAAAUAAGUGUCGCAUCAUACGUGGUUGGGACGACUUGUUCAAUAAAGUUAAAGAACACAUCAAUUCAGUCGCUGCUAUGAAGCUAUCACCAUUCUACAAGGUUUUCGAAGAAGAAACCAUAACUUGGGAAGAGAAAUUGAAUCGCAUCAAUGCAUUAUUCGAUGUUUGGAUUGAUGUACAACGUAGAUGGGUUUAUUUGGAAGGAAUCUUUUCUGGUAGUGCGGACAUCAAAUCCUUGUUGCCCCAAGAAACUUCAAGAUUUCAAAGCAUUAGUUCGGAAUUCUUGGGUCUAAUGAAGAAGGUGGCAAAGUCUCCUAAAGUUAUGGAUGUUCUGAACAUACCAGCUGUUCAGAGGUCACUCGAACGUCUGGCCGAUCUUUUGGGCAAAAUCCAAAAGGCUUUGGGCGAAUACUUGGAAAGAGAACGUACAUCAUUCCCACGUUUCUACUUCGUGGGUGACGAAGAUCUGUUGGAGAUUAUUGGUAAUAGCAAAAAUAUUGCCCGUUUGCAAAAACAUUUCAAGAAAAUGUUUGCUGGUAUUGCUGCUAUCAUUUUGAACGAGGACAACACCGUCAUAUUGGGCAUAGCCUCACGUGAAGGCGAAGAAGUUCGUUUUAUUAAUCCGGUAUCGACUGUGGAACAUCCCAAAAUUAACGAAUGGCUAACAUUGGUUGAGAAACAAAUGCGUUUUACCCUGGCUUCAUUUUUGGCUCAAGCUGUGCAGGAUAUCAAACAAUUCCGCGAAGGUCAAAUUGAUCCACAGAAAUACAUGGAAUGGUGUGACAAAUAUCAAGCUCAAAUUGUUGUAUUGGCUGCGCAAAUUCUAUGGUCUGAGGAUGUAGAAGCCGCUUUGCAGCAGGCUUCUGAGACGAAUACAACAAAACCAUUGCAGCGUGUUUUGGGCACUGUCGAAUCAACAUUGAAUGUUUUGGCAGAUUCUGUACUGCAAGAACAACCACCAUUGCGCAGAAAGAAAUUGGAACAUUUGAUCAACGAAUUUGUACAUAAACGUACCGUUACCAGACGUUUAAUAACCAAUGGCGUAACUCAUCCAAAAUCAUUCCAAUGGUUAACCGAAAUGCGAUUCUACUUUGAUCCCAGACAAACUGUGGUUCUUCAACAACUUACUAUUCAUAUGGCCAAUGCUCGUUUCUACUAUGGUUUCGAAUAUUUGGGCGUACAAGAUCGUCUGGUACAAACUCCAUUGACAGAUCGUUGUUACUUGACCAUGACACAAGCCUUGGAGGCACGUUUGGGCGGUUCUCCAUUCGGCCCUGCUGGUACUGGUAAAACUGAAUCCGUUAAAGCUUUGGGCAACCAGCUUGGUCGUUUCGUGUUGGUAUUCAAUUGUGACGAAACAUUCGAUUUCCAAGCUAUGGGUCGUAUCUUUGUUGGUCUGUGCCAAGUAGGCGCCUGGGGUUGCUUCGAUGAAUUCAAUCGUUUGGAAGAACGUAUGCUCUCAGCUUGUUCACAACAGAUCCAAACUAUACAGGAAGCUCUUAAGUAUGAAACCGAUAGCAACAAGGAGAGUAUCACGGUUGAAUUGGUGGGCAAACAAGUACGCGUUUCCACCGAUAUGGCUAUAUUCAUAACAAUGAAUCCCGGUUAUGCUGGUCGUUCCAAUUUGCCAGAUAAUUUGAAGAAAUUGUUCCGUUCCUUGGCUAUGACCAAACCAGAUCGCCAAUUAAUUGCCGAGGUUAUGUUGUUCUCACAAGGUUUCCGUUCGGCUGAAAAAUUGGCCUGUAAAAUCGUACCAUUCUUCAAACUUUGCGAUGAACAGUUAUCGAACCAAUCUCACUACGAUUUUGGUUUGCGUGCUUUGAAGUCUGUUCUUAUUUCGGCUGGUAAUGUGAAGCGUGAUCGCAUUCAAAAGAUCAAGGAAACACUGAUGCAACGUGGUGAAGAAAAUAUCGAUGAAGCAUCUGUGGCCGAAAAUCUACCAGAACAAGAAAUUCUUAUACAAUCAGUAUGCGAGACAAUGGUGCCGAAAUUGGUGGCCGAAGAUAUCCCAUUGUUAUUCUCCCUUUUGAGUGAUGUCUUCCCCAAUGUUGGCUAUACUCGUGCCGAAAUGAAGGGAUUAAAGGAGGAGAUUCGCAAAGUUUGCCAAGAGGAUUAUUUGGUUUGUGGAGAGGGCGAUGAACAAGGUGCUGCUUGGAUGGAAAAGGGAUUUGGUGAAACUUGGGUUGAUAAAGUCCUACAAUUAUAUCAAAUUUCCCGACUCAAUCAUGGUCUUAUGAUGGUGGGUCCUUCUGGAUCCGGUAAAUCGACAGCUUGGCGUACUCUGCUUAAGGCAUUGGAGCGCUUUGAAGGCAUUGAAGGUGUCGCUCAUGUUAUUGAUCCCAAGGCCAUAUCGAAGGAAGCAUUGUAUGGUGUCUUGGACCCCAAUACACGUGAAUGGACCGAUGGUCUUUUCACUCAUAUUUUGCGUAAAAUUAUUGACAACGUACGUGGUGAAAUCAAUAAGCGCCAAUGGAUUAUUUUCGAUGGUGACGUUGAUCCCGAAUGGGUUGAGAAUUUGAAUUCAGUGCUGGAUGACAACAAACUGCUGACUUUGCCCAAUGGUGAACGUUUGUCUUUGCCACCAAAUGUGCGCAUUAUGUUUGAAGUACAAGACUUGAAAUAUGCCACAUUGGCCACCGUUUCACGUUGCGGUAUGGUUUGGUUCUCGGAAGAUGUUUUGUCUACGGAAAUGAUAUUUGAGAACUAUUUACUACGUUUACGUUCAAUACCUUUGGAAGAUACCGAUGACGACUUUGUAGGUAUUUCCAAACCAACCAAGGAUAAAGAAGAUGAAGUAUCGCCAUCAUUGCAAGUUCAACGAGACAUUGCCAUGCUGUUGCAACCAUAUUUCUCAGCGGAUGGUGUUGUUGUGCGCAGUUUGGAAUAUGCGGCCAAUGAGCAAGAACACAUCAUGGACUUUACUCGUCUAAGGGCACUGAGCUCCUUGUUCUCCAUGUUGAAUCAGGCAGCCCGAAAUAUUUUGAACUACAAUGCUACACACCCUGACUUCCCAUGCUCCAACGAUCAACUGGAGCAAUAUAUUACCAAAUCUCUGAUUUAUUCAGUUCUUUGGUCAUUCGCUGGCGAUUCUAAACUCAAAGUACGCACUGAUUUGGGAGAUUUUGUGCGUAGUGUAACCACUGUUCCAUUGCCUGGUUCAACUGGUGUGCCAAUUAUCGAUUAUGAGGUUAGCAUUAAUGGAGAAUGGGUUCCAUGGUCCAAUAAGGUACCUGUUAUUGAAGUAGAAACCCACAAAGUUGCUUCGCCUGAUAUUGUGGUUCCCACACUGGAUACUGUUCGUCAUGAAUCUUUGCUCUACACCUGGUUGGCUGAACAUAAGCCAUUGGUUUUGUGCGGUCCCCCCGGUUCUGGUAAGACAAUGACUUUGUUCUCAGCUCUCAGAGCUUUACCCGAUAUGGAGGUUGUUGGCUUGAAUUUCUCAUCCGCCACCACUCCUGAACUUCUACUGAAGACAUUCGAUCAUUACUGCGAAUAUCGCAAAACUCCCAACGGCGUGGUGCUUUCACCCGUACAAAUUGGCAAAUGGUUGGUCUUGUUCUGCGAUGAAAUCAAUUUGCCCGAUAUGGAUUCGUAUGGUACUCAACGUGUAAUAUCCUUCUUGAGACAAUUGGUUGAACAUAAGGGCUUCUAUCGGGCCAGCGAUCAAGCUUGGGUGUCGUUAGAACGUAUUCAAUUUGUUGGAGCAUGUAAUCCACCCACAGAUCCGGGUCGUAAACCAUUGUCGCAUCGUUUCUUGCGUCAUGUGCCUAUUAUUUAUGUUGAUUAUCCUGGUGAGACCUCAUUGAAACAGAUUUAUGGAACCUUCUCUAGGGCCAUGUUGCGUCUAAUGCCAACAUUGCGUGGUUAUGCUGAACCCUUAACCAAUGCCAUGGUUGAAUUCUACUUGGCUUCUCAAGAUCGCUUCACCCAGGACAUGCAACCACAUUAUGUUUACUCGCCUCGUGAAAUGACUCGCUGGGUCCGUGGUAUCUGUGAAGCAAUUCGUCCUUUGGAUUCCCUACCUGUCGAAGGUUUGGUUCGUAUUUGGGCUCACGAAGCAUUGCGUCUGUUCCAAGAUCGUUUGGUCGAAGAAUCGGAACGUAAAUGGACCAAUGAAAAUAUUGACACUGUUGCUUUGAAACACUUCCCUGGCAUUAAUUCCGAGGAGGCAUUGGCUCGUCCCAUUUUGUACAGUAACUGGCUCUCCAAGGAUUACAUGCCAGUCAAUCGUGAAGAAUUGCGUGACUACGUACGCGCCAGACUUAAAGUAUUCUAUGAAGAAGAACUGGACGUGCCCUUGGUGUUGUUCGAUGAAGUUUUGGAACAUGUUUUGCGUAUCGAUCGUAUCUUCCGCCAGCCACAAGGCCAUCUUUUGCUUAUCGGUGUAUCUGGAGCAGGCAAGACCACACUAUCUCGUUUUGUAGCCUGGAUGAAUGGGUUGUCGAUCUUCCAAAUCAAGGUCCACAACAAAUACACUGGCGAAGAUUUCGAUGAAGAUUUACGUUCUGUCCUGCGUCGGUCUGGCUGCAGAGACGAGAAAAUUGCCUUCAUUUUGGAUGAGUCGAAUGUUUUGGAUUCUGGCUUCUUGGAACGAAUGAACACCUUGCUGGCUAACGGCGAAGUUCCUGGUCUGUUUGAAGGUGAUGAAUAUACCACGUUGAUGACUCAGUGUAAGGAAGGAGCCCAACGAGAGGGCUUGAUGUUGGAUUCUAGCGAUGAAUUAUAUAAAUGGUUCACACAACAAGUCAUGCGCAACUUACAUGUUGUCUUCACAAUGAAUCCAUCUACUGAUGGUCUCAAGGAUCGCGCAGCCACUUCCCCAGCUUUGUUCAAUCGUUGUGUCCUCAAUUGGUUCGGUGAUUGGUCUGAUUCGGCUCUCUUCCAAGUCGGCAAGGAAUUCACCACUCGUGUUGAUUUGGAGAAACCCGGCUGGACACCACCCGAUUUCUUCCCAUCUGUAUGUCCACUGGUACCAUCACAACCGUCUCAUCGUGAUGCUGUCAUCAAUAGUUGUGUGUAUGUCCACCAAACUCUUCACCAAGCUAAUGCACGUUUGGCUAAACGUGGUGGUCGCACCAUGGCAGUUACUCCACGCCAUUAUUUGGACUUUAUCCAUCACUUUGUUAAACUGUACAAUGAGAAGCGUAGCGAUUUAGAAGAGCAGCAAUUGCAUCUGAAUGUGGGUUUGAAUAAGAUUGCGGAGACUGUGGAACAAGUGGAAGAAAUGCAAAAAUCCUUGGCUGUUAAGAAACAAGAACUUCAGGCUAAGAACGAAGCUGCUAAUGCCAAACUUAAGCAAAUGUUCAAAGAUCAGCAAGAGGCCGAAAAUAAGAAGAAACAAUCGCAAGAGCUCCAAAAUAAGUUGGCCGAACAGACUAUUAAGGUAGAGGAGAAACGUAAAUAUGUCAUGGCCGAUCUGGCCCAAGUUGAACCGGCAGUUAUUGACGCACAACAAGCUGUAAAAUCUAUACGCAAACAACAACUUGUCGAAGUGAGAACAAUGGCAAAUCCACCCUCUGUGGUGAAAUUGGCCCUUGAAUCGAUCUGUUUGUUACUGGGCGAGAAUGCAACCGAUUGGAAGUCAAUUCGCGCCGUUAUUAUGCGUGAAAAUUUCAUAAAUUCAAUUGUCUCUAACUUCAGUACUGAAAUGAUAACCGAUGAUGUGCGCGAGAAAAUGAAAUCGAAGUAUUUAAGCAAUCCCGAUUACAACUUUGAAAAGGUCAAUCGCGCUUCAUUGGCUUGUGGUCCUAUGGUUAAAUGGGCCAUUGCUCAGAUUGAAUAUGCCGAUAUGUUGAAACGUGUCGAACCACUGCGCGAUGAAUUGCGUUCACUCGAAGAACAGGCUGCCAUCAACAAAGCCAAUGCAGAUGAAACCAAAGCUUUGGUUGAACAAUUGGAGCAGAGUAUUGCUGCAUACAAGGAGGAAUAUGCCCAACUGAUUUCUCAAGCUCAGGCCAUUAAAACCGACUUGGAAAAUGUCCAGGCCAAGGUCGAUCGCUCCAUUGCUUUGCUUAAGAGCUUGAAUAUUGAACGCGAACGUUGGGAGUGUACCAGUGAAACAUUCAAAUCUCAAAUGUCGACCAUUAUUGGUGAUGUGUUGUUAUCGGCUGCUUUCAUUGCUUAUGGCGGUUACUUUGAUCAACACUAUCGUACAAAUCUCUUUACCACAUGGAGUCAACACUUGCAAGCAGCCAACAUACAGUAUCGUGGUGACAUUGCUCGCACAGAAUACUUGUCUAAUCCUGACGAACGUUUGAGAUGGCAAGCAAAUGCUCUGCCCACUGAUGACUUGUGCACUGAGAACGCCAUCAUGCUCAAGAGGUUCAAUAGAUAUCCUUUGAUUAUCGAUCCUUCGGGCCAGGCCACCACAUUCUUACUCAACGAAUAUGCUGGCAAAAAGAUCACCAAGACCAGUUUCUUGGACGACUCAUUCCGCAAGAAUUUGGAAUCUGCUCUACGUUUCGGUAAUCCACUGUUGGUGCAAGAUGUCGAAAAUUAUGAUCCUAUUUUGAACCCGGUAUUGAAUCGUGAAUUGAGACGUAGUGGCGGUCGUGUUUUGAUUACCCUGGGUGAUCAAGAUAUCGAUUUGUCGCCAUCGUUUGUCAUAUUCCUUUCAACCCGUGAUCCAACUGUGGAAUUCCCACCAGACAUCUGCUCUCGUGUAACAUUCGUCAAUUUCACCGUUACAAGAAGUUCAUUGCAAUCACAAUGUCUGAACCAAGUUCUGAAGGCCGAAAGACCCGAUAUCGAUGAGAAACGUUCUGAUUUGUUGAAACUUCAAGGCGAAUUCCGUUUGCGUCUGCGCCAAUUGGAAAAGAGUUUGCUGCAGGCAUUGAACGAUGCCAAGGGUAAGAUUUUGGAUGACGAUUCCGUUAUUGCCACUCUGGAAACUCUAAAGAAAGAGGCGUACGACAUCAAUCAAAAGGUGGACGAAACCGAUAAGGUCAUUGCCGAAAUUGAAACCGUAUCUCAACAGUACCUUCCCCUGUCUGUGGCUUGCAGUAACAUUUACUUCACUAUGGACAGUUUGAACCAAGUCCACUUCUUAUACCAAUAUUCUUUGAAAAUGUUUUUGGAUAUUUUCUCGACGGUCUUGUAUAACAAUAAGAAAUUGGAAGGCAAAACGGAUAACGCUGAGCGUUUGGGUAUAAUAACACGUGAUCUCUUCCAAGUGUGCUAUGAUCGAGUUGCACGCGGUAUGCUGCACAAUGACCGCUUGACAUUUGCCCUGCUAAUGUGCAAGAUUCAUCUUAAGGGCACAUCGGAAAUGAACUUGGACUCGGAAUUCAAUUUCUUCCUGAGAAGCAAGGAAGGUUUAAUGGCUAAUCCAACUCCAGUCGAGGGCCUAACUGCUGAACAAAUCGAUGGCGUAAACCGUUUGGCUACACGUGUACCAAUAUUCCGCAAAUUGGUUGAAAAACUUAGCAAUAUUCCUGAGUUGGGUGCUUGGUUGCAACAAAGUUCUCCUGAACAAUGCGUUCCUCAGUUGUGGGAUGAAUCAAAGGCACUUAGUCCUAUCGCAACGUCUGUACACCAGUUGUUGUUGAUUCAAGCAUUUAGGCCAGAUCGCGUAAUUGCUGCUGCCCAUAAUGUGGUUAAUGCCGUUUUGGGUUCAGACUUCAUGCAGACAGCUGAAGAUGAGUUGGACUUUGCUGCUGUUGUGGAUAAACAACUGAACUGCAAUACCCCGGCUUUGUUGUGUUCUGUGCCUGGUUUCGAUGCUUCUGGACGUGUUGAUGACUUGGCCGCUGAAUUAAAUAAACAAAUAUCGAGCAUUGCUAUCGGUUCGGCUGAAGGUUUCAAUCAGGCCGAAUCGGCGAUUAAUAUGGCUUGUAAGAGCGGCAAGUGGGUAAUGUUGAAGAACGUCCACUUAGCUCCACAAUGGUUGGUACAGUUGGAAAAGAAAAUGCAUUCAUUGCAACCUCAUUCUGGAUUCCGUUUAUUCUUAACCAUGGAAAUUAAUCCUAAAGUACCGGUUAAUCUUCUUAGAGCAGGCAGAAUCUUUGUCUUCGAACCACCACCAGGCAUUCGUGCCAAUUUGUUGAGAACCUUCUCCACAGUGCCCGCAGCACGUAUGAUGAAAACACCUAGUGAGAGAGCACGCUUGUACUUCCUCUUGGCUUGGUUCCAUGCCAUUGUUCAAGAACGUUUGCGCUAUGUGCCUUUGGGCUGGGCCAAGAAGUACGAGUUCAACGAGAGCGAUUUGAGAGUGGCAUGCGAUACUUUGGAUACUUGGAUCGAUAGCACAGCCAUGGGUCGCACUAAUUUGCCACCAGAAAAAAUCCCUUGGGAUGCUUUGGUUACACUGCUCUCUCAAUCUAUCUAUGGCGGUAAAAUCGAUAAUGACUUCGAUCAGCGUUUGCUGCAGUCAUUCUUGAAGAAGUUGUUCACAGCACGUUCGUUCGAAGCCGAUUUCGCUUUAGUCGCCAAUGUAGAUGGCGCUUCCGGUGGUCAACGUCACAUCACCAUGCCCGAUGGCACCCGCAGAGAUCAUUUCCUUAAAUGGAUUGAAAACCUUACUGACAGGCAAACACCAUCCUGGUUGGGUCUACCUAAUAACGCUGAAAAGGUUCUGCUCACCACUCGUGGUACUGAUUUGAUUAGCAAACUUUUGAAAAUGCAACAAUUGGAAGAUGACGACGAACCGGCCUACACUAUUGAGGAAACCAAUGAGCAGGCAGCUGCUGCCGCUGCGGCCCAACGUGAAGAUGGUAGACCUUCGUGGAUGAAAAUUCUUCACAAGUCAGCUACAGCUUGGUUGGACUUGUUGCCUAAAAAUUUGCAAACUCUCAAGAGAACCGUGGAAAAUAUUAAAGAUCCACUAUACCGUUACUUUGAACGUGAAGUCACAAUGGGAGCCAAGCUCCUGCAAACCGUCAUAUCUGAUCUACAGGAUGUGGUUUUGAUUUGCCAAGGAGAAAAGAAACAGACCAAUCAUCAUCGUUCCAUGUUGUCGGAAUUGGUAAAGGGUAUUAUUCCCAAGGGCUGGAAGCGGUACACUGUGCCAGCUGGCUGCACAGUCAUCCAGUGGAUUACCGAUUUCAGCAAUCGCAUCCAACAAUUGCAGAAGGUAUCACAAUUGGUAUCCCAAGCAGGAGCAAAGGAAUUGCAAGGAUUCCCCGUGUGGUUGGGUGGAUUAUUGAAUCCCGAAGCUUAUAUCACAGCCACCCGUCAAUGCGUGGCUCAAGCUAACAGUUGGUCUUUGGAGGAACUCGCUCUGGAGGUGACCAUUACCGAGGCAGGAGCAAACACGGAAACCAAGGACAGCAGUUUCGGUGUAACUGGCUUGAAAUUACAAGGAGCACACUGCAAAAACAAUGAAUUGUUGUUAGCCACCACCAUUAUGAUGGAUUUGCCUUUGACUAUCUUAAAAUGGGUUAAGGUUUCAAACGAACACCGUAUCAGCAAAUUAACAUUGCCGGUGUAUUUGAAUUCUACACGUUCGGAGUUACUAUUCACCAUUGAUAUGGCUGUUGCUGCCGGACAAGAUCCUCAUAGUUUCUAUGAGCGUGGUGUUGCGGUUUUGACUUCAACCGCUUUGAAUUAAAAAUA